CCAUUAUUCUAAAAGUUUUGGGUGCGAAUGGCGUAAUUCCCAAAAUGUCGACUAACAUUCUUAGAAGGCCUGCAUAUUCGCAUGCAAAGAAAGUGUGCAUGCUUUACAAAAAAGGAUGCAGGGCAAUAGAAUCAGAAGUAUAUCACCGAAAAGAUAGAGUUUUAGAGCAGCGUUAUCUUCAGGUUUUACUCAGAGACAGGUUUGAUAAAAACAAACAGCUAGCAAAGUUUGAUGCUAUUAAGGCUUACGAGGAUGGUUUGAGGGAAUUGCACAAUUACGCAGUUCUAAAGCCAAAACAAUUUCCCCAUUCCCCAGGUGGAGUAGCUUAUGGAAGAGAACCACCAGAUCCGGACUAUAUUUUUGAUGGAUGGCAUCCACUAGAGAAGGCUAAGUACCCAGAAUACUUCGCUAGACGUGAUGUGAGAAAGAGGGAAUUUUUAGAACGUGAAGCAAAAUACAUAGAAGAAUAUGAAAAAUCAAAGAAAGAAUUAAAUUGAAAACUCUUAAAUCUCUACACCGUGUUAACAAAGUGCUUUUAUUGAACAGAUACAGUCUAACAUCUUUCUGAAUAAAUCAUUGAUAUUAACAUUCUUUCAUUAAAAAAACAACAACAACAACUACCAAAUAACAAUUUGAUAGAAUUGUGAAGGGCUAUGUGAGCUGAUAGUGUAAAACAAAUGUGUGAGUGUCAUUGUGUUUUUGAAGUUAUUGAUUAAAUUAUUAAAAUUGA